AAAGCUCUUUUUUUCGCUUCGUGCUAGGCGCACUCCGCGAUGAAGAAACCCGUGGAACGGAACCGCUAGAAGAGUGCAAGUUGAAGCUGCGGUCGGUCGACGUUGUCUUUUUUAUUCAAGCAAGCAACAGAACGUCGUCGUGUGGCACUUCGGUUUCAUUUUAUCUCGGACGGAAGAUUACCGUGACCAUACGCGAAACUUUGUGAUAGAGUUGGAAUUACGCGAGUGAGCUCAGCUAGAACCGGAAGUGAGUUCAAUCGGCUGUGGAUAUUGCGUCGAAAUCGCAGGUGGCACGAAAAACAUUCCGCGGCUGGAAAACCGCUCCCAAAUUUCAGGGGAGAAAAGAGAAAUUCCUUUUGUCUGGAAUUGCUCGGUUAGUGGAUGGAAAUGAAAUUUAAAUUGAUUCCGCAGUAUGGUUUCUUUCAUAAACACUGCAAGUGAUAAUCCUAUUCCCUUCCCUUUUCGAUCGAAGAUGACGUGCGAGGCGUAUGUAGUGUUGUUCAUCCAGGCCCCCACCCCUUCCCCAAUAUAUUAGUGGUUUCAUCAGACGGAGAAACGUGAAAGUGAAGGAAUUUGGUGUAAACACAUAUCCCCGGAGAGCUGGUUGGCGAAGAAGCAAUAAUCAAACGGCAGCAGCACAGCCAGCGAGAAGAGAGUCGACGACGGACAGUGCUUUUUUGUUGUUUUGUUCUAUUUUUCGCCUCGUUGGCAACGUGACGGAGCAAAGUGCAAAGCAGAAAGCCCGUAGAAAGCUGUUGGCUGAGACUGGCUGGUUGGUUGACUUGCUGGCCGCUCUCCCGUCUGGAUUGGAUUGAGUCCGCAUCUUGGUUGACGGCGGCGGUCGCCGAUGUCGUGUGCAGAGAAAGGAACGAAAAGCAUCGGCUGCUGCUAGCUGCAUAUAUCCACAGGACUCACAACCCACGGCACAGAGCAAAACGGAAUCUCUCAGUCUGAAUCUUUCACCUGGAGCAAUCGUGCAAUUUGUAUGGACCAAUGGACACGUCUCCCACAUAAAAAGGCAGCAAAAAUCUUUCCCCCACCUUCGUCAGCUCCAACAGAAAGGAAACUAACAACUUACCCAAUCAGACGGAAAGUCUGGUUCUGUAGAAGCAGAAAUAUUGCUCCCAGCACCUAGCGCAAACAAGACAACGGCAAAACUGCACAACAAUGGCCGGACCAGAAAUCACCUUCAUCUUCCAGUUCGGUAACCUGCGGGACAUCGUUACCGUAUCUAGCCACGCGCUAACACUGAAAACGCUCAAGGAUCUAGCCUGUGAUUUUAUCAAUACUAAGGUACCCGAGAACGGUUUAAAUCGUUUGUCAGACCGACUACUUCUAUUUCGCCAUGACUACACUUCGUCCAACGUGCUCCAAAUGAUCAACUCCGCUUCCGAGAUCGUCGAUGAAACUCUGGUGGAAAUCGUGCUGACUGCCAACCGUAAGUCAUCGCUAUUCGGAAGCAGAAUUUCAAGCUCGGCGAAAAUGUCCCCCCACUCAUUGAUCACAUCAGAAAUUCUUCUUUCAGCCAUCAACGCCCCCGGAUCCGAUGACAUCCCGCUGGUGCGGCCGCACGCCCUAGCCGUCCACUCGUACAAGGCUCCCACAUUCUGCGACUUUUGCGGGGAGAUGCUGUUCGGUUUGGUGCGCCAGGGCCUAAAAUGCGACGGAUGCGGCCUAAACUAUCACAAGCGCUGCGUCAUUAAAGUGCCAAACAAUUGCAGCCGGGUGGAGCACACCGGUGUACUGAAUGCCGCCAGCGGAAGCGGUGGAAACCGGCGCACAUCGUCCAGUCUGCUGCUGCCACCCGCCCGAAGUCCCUCCGGAGGGUCGAGUAACUCGCUAGCCUCCGACGAUCAGGCGACCAGCGGUUCCGGUUCCCUGCUGCUCAACCCAAAUGUCCAACCAUCGACCACCAUCCGCCAGAACCGAUCGCCAUCGCUUGGAAGCCGAGGUGGCGCCGUCGGUGGCAUCAAAAUACCUCACAGUUUCUCCAUUCACACCUAUACCCGUCCCACGGUAUGUCAGUAUUGUAAAAAGCUCCUUCGCGGUUUGUUCAAACAAGGCGUGCAGUGUCGCGAUUGCCACUACAAUGCCCACAAGAAGUGUGUCGAUCUUGUGCCGAAGGACUGCACCGGAGAGAACACGCAACCGGUAGAUCCGCACGACGAUCGCAAUCUGCUAGGGGAACGCGAAAUGACCUACAAAGAGGACACCGGUGACGAAAGUGAUCUGGAUGACAAUUUUUGCGGUAGUUCGUUGAUGAACAACAAUAAUAACAACAACAGUAUCAACCAGAAUCGUAACGUAAGCCUCAUGGAUAGUGGCCCACCUGUUAAGAUCAACGGUAUUAUAUCUCCGUUGCACGAGGACGCAGCAUCCGAUCGGCUAGAAGUGAUAUGUGAACAAUCGCAACAGUCCAGUAACUCAUCGUCUUCCCCGAGUGCAAAUAUUCCCCUAAUGAGGAUCGUCCAGUCGGUAAAGCACACCAAACGGCGAGAUGGGCGGGCAGUUAAAGAGGGAUGGUUGGUACACUUCACCAAUAAAGACAAAGCUAUCAAACGGCACUACUGGAGGUUGGAUUCGAAGGCAAUCACACUGUUCGUGUCCGACCAGGGCAGUAAAUACUAUCGAGAGAUUCCGCUGAAUGAGAUUUUGACGGUCGACUCGGCAAGGAAUCUGCAGAGUGAGGUGUUGCAUUGUUUCGAGAUCCGAACGGCCAACGUGGACUACUUUGUCGGCCAGGAUCCACUGUACAAUUUAAAGGAAGGAGACCCCAUGCUUGCGCUCCCACCACCGGACAGCGGAAUCGGGGCAUACCUUGCCAAAAGUUGGGAAACGGCCAUCAAACAGGCACUGAUGCCGGUGACCAACAUCCGGUCGGAGUCAACCGGUGGUGAACCGGAGGAAAAAGUCACCGACAUGAGCCAACUGUAUCAGAUCUUCCCGGACGAGGUUCUCGGUUCGGGUCAGUUCGGCAUCGUGUACGGUGGUGUGCACCGGAAGACGCACCGAACGGUGGCCAUCAAAGUGAUCGACAAACUGCGCUUUCCCACGAAACAGGAAGCGCAGCUCAAAAACGAGGUGGCCAUACUGCAGAAUCUGUCGCACGCGGGCGUCGUUAACUUGGAACGAAUGUUCGAAACGCCCGAACGGAUAUUCGUUGUGAUGGAAAAGCUGAAGGGCGAUAUGCUGGAAAUGAUUCUCUCGCACCAAAAUGGACGACUCAAUGAGCGGGUUACCAAGUUUCUUAUUACUCAGAUACUCGUCGCUUUGAAAUACCUGCACAGCCGCAACAUAGUACACUGUGAUCUAAAGCCGGAGAAUGUACUUCUUUCGUCGGAUAACGAGUUUCCACAAGUUAAGCUGUGUGAUUUCGGAUUUGCAAGAAUUAUUGGAGAGAAAUCCUUCCGACGAUCCGUCGUUGGAACCCCCGCAUACUUAGCCCCCGAAGUACUUCGAAACAAAGGCUAUAAUCGUUCGUUGGAUAUGUGGAGUGUUGGUGUAAUCAUUUAUGUCAGCCUGAGCGGUACUUUCCCAUUCAACGAGGACGAAGACAUCAACGAUCAAAUUCAGAAUGCUGCGUUCAUGUACCCGCCGAAUCCAUGGAAGGAAAUAUCUUCGGAUGCGAUCGAUCUCAUCAACAAUCUGCUGCAGGUCAAACAACGAAAGCGGUUCACCGUGGAUAAGUCACUGCUGCACUGUUGGCUGCAGGAUCUACAAACCUGGAACGAUCUGCGCAUCUUGGAGACCCAGGUCGGGCUACGCUAUCUGACCCACGAGUCGGACGAUGCUCGCUGGGGCAACUCAUCCAUGGGCAGUGGUAUCCCAUGACCUCAAUCAGCUACAGUAGUUACAUCAACGAUGGCCACAUUAAGUGGUGGUAGUGAAGCAACGAUUGAUAACAGCAGUAGCAACAACAGCAACAGCAGCAACAAUCAAUCUUCGCCGAAGAUGAAUGACUUCCGCGGAAAGGCUUACAAAUGGGUACGUGGGCGUCUCUGCCGGUUGAUCAAGGCCUAGAAUCUAUGAUGCCCUCAUCAAGUAAGUAAGUUACAUAUAUAGAUUACAAAUUUACAAACAACUAUCGCGAAAAAGUGCGCUAAUCGAGUGAGAUUCGGAGAGGGAAGUAAUCCUUCAAAUCCCCCUUAUAAGGAAUUUAAGUGAUUGACAAAUGUGUUAUUCCAAGUGAGCAAACGUAGAGUGAUGAUUUGCCGCCAAACUUGAACCACAGUUAAAUAUGUAAUUGUAGCAAGAUUAUUCGGGGCAGGCAUAACGCCUGACCAUUUCUUAUAUACUUAAUAUUUAGACAAAGUUCCACCAGAAAAAAAACACCUAAUUUAGCCAAGGAACAAUUGUGAGGAAAUGCAAUUAUUUCGAUAACUAACCGACACAAAUCAACAAACUGGAGGAAUUGAUAACAUCAGCAGGUGGAUGUGUGUUGAUAGAUUUGUUCACUACAGCAACAAACGUACUAAUAAUACUGCUAACAAAUAAUUCAAAUUAUUUUGCGGACAACUGUUAUCACAAUUUAACAAAAAAUAUGAACACGGUCACGUAGUAUUACUCAAAGAAACUACGUUAUCCUACUUAUCAUACCUUACAGCAGCACAAAUCGAAGUGGACAAACAAUAAUCAUAUUUUAAUAGCAAAUGGGACUGGAAUAUGGCAUUUUCACAUAUACUGUAAACAAACAUUUUUUUAGAUUCCUUUUCUUUUCGUACUGGUUAAGAUCUAAUUUUAAGCGAAUCCUGUUUGUACGCAAAUUUGUUUCCCUUUGUAAGUACUACUAGCUGUAUAAUAUAAAUUUGUUGAGUUUUGGUUCGGUAGUUUGCUUUAAGCUUUGCGUUUUUGGUCCAGAAAAGCAUGAAUGACAAUUUGAUUUAAAGUGUAUGAUACUUAAGACUAUCGGCAAACUGUGACUUAAAACGAAGUUUGUUGAUAAUGUGUCUGCGAUGGCUGGCUUCACUAUUAACUGUGUCAAGCUAAUGCAAACCUCACUACAGCUGUCAAUAGAAGCUUCUGCAGAUUUUGUAUCAAGCAAACAGACGUACAUAUUAACCUUUGCGCACGCCGCCACGUGCGUUCUAGAGUGUUAAGGGCCGAUGUCCACGUAGCGCCGCGUUCACGCAAGGUACCCAGCAUCAAAUGGAGUAAUUCACACGUAGACGUGUGCUCGACUGGGAGUUUUUGAAAGGAAAGUGUUGCGUACCAUCUCUGGUGGGGUGCAGAUGGCGGACGGUACGUGGAGGAGGCGAAUGAACCACGAGUUGCAUCAGCUGUUGGGAGAACCAUCCAUCGUUCACACCGCGAAAAUCGGAAGACUGUGGUGGGCCGGACACGUAGCCAGAAUGUCGGACAGUAAUCCGGUGAAAAUGGUUCUCGACAACGAUCCGACGGGAACAAGAAGGCGUGGUGCACAGCGGGCAAGGUGGAUCGAUCAGGUGGAGGACGAUUUGCGGACCCUCCGCAGACUGCGUGGCUGGCGAAUUGCAGCCAUGGACCGAGCUGAAUGGAGAAGACUUUUAUGUGCAGCACAGGCCACUCCGGUCUUAGUCUGAUAAUAAAUAAAUAAACGUGUGCUCGACUACAUUUCAUGCUGGGUACCUUGCGUGGACGCGGCGUGCACGCAGCUGUUUUGUUUUAAACGACGAUUCUUCCGGAAGCUCAUUAUAGACACGCAAUUUGGAUGUUAGAAUACACGAAGCAAUUUUGUGAAUUUUCGAUUCUUUACCUUCAGAUACCUUCAGAUAUUAUCAGUAAUCCACUGUUUCAUUUGUAUGCAUAUUGUAGUUCGAACUCAUCCGUCAGACUGAUGGAUAUUGAGCUGAGUGUGAUUCAAAUAAACCAACCUAUAGCUAAAGUCUGGCCCAUACUAAAGCAAAGUUUAAAGUAAUCAUUUUAGCUAACUGUUUUCUGUUAAUGACAAUUAAUACUGAACUCACAAAAAUACUCUUGAUGAAAAAAAACUUCCUAUCAGAUCUGAAUCUUAUAGAUGAUUAUGUUAUUCUGGCUUAGUUGCCCAUUAACAUAGAAGAACAACUUUGUUAUGAAACUGUUGAAUGUUUGAACACAUCGAUAUUCGUACUAUCAUCACAUUAAAUGUUUUGAUUGUGUUAUUUUGACUUAAUGUUUAUAUUUCCUUACUUUAAUUAUUUGGUAGCUAUAUUGAGAAAUGAAUCUGUAUUACUGUUUUAUAACGAAACAUUCCUUGUAAGGAGCUUACACUUUUAUCGUACAUGUUUAGUGUUUUCGUCUUCGAAAAUAAAUCAUUUUAAAUUCGUUAAAAUAUAGUUUUAUUUUUUAGAUAUUAAAUUGAAGCCAAAAUGCAAUACAUGCAAACCACUAACAAAUAUACACAUCGUAGAAGGUGGGUUUGUUCUCUAUCUACGCCAGGCUAACAAAUAAUUUUUAUCUGGAUACUUAUUAUUGUAUUAGGUAUUCAUCAAUCUUCAAAGUGCCUAAUAUUGAACGGAUGUGUCAAAUUGAUAUCCUACUAAUCAUUAAAUGCAUGCAUAGACCUUUGCAUUUACCAUUUCGACAAAUUAUCCACUGAACAACAGCAAAUCCUCAAUCUCAUCUACAUUUUCAUAUUAUAGUAUUAUAUUUGCUUAUAAUCAAAUUAAACGCUUUCGGUCCUAUUAAAUAUUACGCUAGUAUGAAUAACUCAUCUGAAUCAUCUGGCUCAUGAUCAUUUUUUGUUAUCGUGUGGAAUUAAGUCAACGGGUGUUUUUUAUUUUAAAUUUACAAAAGACAAAUCUGUCUUUCUAUUUUUUUUACCACAAACGAUAUAAAUAAAUCCCAACUAAAUAAUGUAGCACGGAAAACACAGAAGGUACUGUUAACUUAACUGAACUUUUAGUUCAUUGUUUUUUUUUUCUCUCUAACUGUAAAAAAACAUUCAAUGAAUAAGUAAGUACUUAGGCUUUUCGACUUUUAUUAUACAUAUUUCAUAAAUAAACAAAUAUACAGCAUUCCCCAGACAAAACCACUAGAUAGCAGAAGUUGUAGAUAUCGAUAUAUUAUUUUUCUUUUUAUCAAGCUUUCAUCGUGAUAAUAGGAAUAUGGAACUUAACCCAUCAAACCCAACACCUUGUGGAUUCCAAAAAAAACGUAGUGCAAAUAAAACAUCAAUCGAUGAGUUAAACCUAACCCAACUGAUACAAAUCAUGCCAAAUGUAUACAAGAAAUAUUGCACCCGAAGAACUCUUGAACAUCUGUAUUAACGGAAACAAAAAGAAAGGAAAAAUACUCACGUAAGCUUGAAUAAUGAUAAUGAAUUCAGGAGAAGUCCGCGAUGGAUCAAUAGCAGUGUGUCCCGCUAGAAACAACUUGAAUCCAUUUUUAGAUGUUUUCUAUACAAAUUUCUUUCCUUCCAGUAGAGUUAGAUAUUUUAAUUGACAAACUAUAUAGAACCAGUACACGUAGGUUGCAGAGCCGCAACAAUUACAACUAUCAACGAAAGUAUUAAAACAGCUAUGAUAUCUUCCAUUGACUAUUAUGGACAACACAUUGACAAACAUUACGCAAUCAAAUCUUUGGAAACGCAUAUUUGCUUUAGGUCAAUCCUAACCGAAACAACAGAAAGCUGGAACGAAACAGGUACAAGUUACAAACAAGAAACUUGCUGCACAAAUUUAACUACCAUUUUUAACCUCAUGCGCUAAUCAUCAAUCCAUUGCAAAUGCAAUGUUACUAACAUUAUUCUCUUUUUCUGAUAUUUUCACUUCAUAAAACAGUAGUCAAAAAAAACGCCACCCCAUUCAUAAUUAUAAUACCAUGAUCGAACGAACAAGUAUUGAGGCAAAGUCGCUCACACGAUGGUUUUCAUCAAUUUAUUCGUUGAUAAGAAAAAUAUAAAAAUUUGGCCAAAUAUAUUCGCGAACGGUUGAAAUUUAUCAUCCUAUCAUGAA